CCAUUCAGGGUUUUGAAUGCCAAGCAAACUGUUCUUCAGCUAUGCCAGCUCCCAUUGUUUGGUGGGUCAGCUUCCUGCACAGGCUCACAGCGGGCAGCAAAAGGCUAUGGGACAGCCAUUCCUCCCAGGGGAAAAGGGGUGGGACCAGAUAGGGUAGGACAGGAGAGAGCUGGAGAUAAGUAAUUGGAGUAAGGGCAAAUGAUAAAUAUCUCGUGAGGUUUCUUGUCUCACCCAUCUCCAGGCUCUCAUCUGCCAAUACCCCUCCUGCAGGAAAUCACAGGGGCUGUCCAGUAUCUUGAUAAGUCUCAGUCACCAGGUUUCUCUCCUACUCCUGCAGGCACCUCCUUUUCCAGAGGGUGAAAAAGCAGUCUCUUCUGCUUGUCAAUCACAGGAAAGGUCCUUCUUUUCCACUCACCACCUCCAGCAAGAAGAAUGGUGCUAAGGGGCACCCGUGGAGGGUUUCUGAGCCUGGAUCCAACCACCCCAGCCUGGGAGACAGAACCCACACCAAUGGGCGGAAGUAACCAGACCUGUUCUCAAGUUUUCGACACGUCCCUGACCUUGCUGACGGGCAUCAUGGCCCUGGGAGGCCUGGCAGGAAACGCGGUUGUGAUGUGGCUCCUGGGCUUCCGCCUGCGCCGGAACUCUUUCUCCGUGUACAUCCUCAACCUGGCGGCAGCUGACUUCCUCCUCCUCCUCCUCCACAUUCUGUAUUCCCUGCAGAACCUCAUCAUCUCCUUCCACUCCAGCGCAUUCUCCUUCCCCAGAUUUUUCACCACCGUGCUCACCUUUGCCUACCUCGCGGGCCUGAGCUUGCUCAGCGCCAUCAGCACCGAGCGCUGCCUGUCGGUCCUGUGCCCCAUCUGGUACCGCUGCCGCCGCCCCAGACACCUGUCAGCUGUCAUGUGUGCCCUCCUCUGGGCUCUGUCCCUGCUGCUGAGCAUCCUGGAAGCAAAGGAUUGUGGCUUCCUGUCCAUGAGCUUUAACCUCAUUUGGUGUCGUUUGUUUGAUUUCAUCACUGCUGGGUGGCUGACUUUCCUAUUUGUGCUCCUGGCUGGGUCCAGCCUGGCUCUGCUGGGCAGGAUCCUCUCUAAGUCCCAGCGGCUGCAGCUGACCAGGCUGUAUGUGACCGUGGCGCUCACGGUGCUGGUCUUCCUCAUCUGCGGCCUCCCCUUCGGCGUCUACUGGUUCAUCAUAAUCUGGAUUCAUAAUGAUUUGUUCAUGUACUCCUGUCACUUCCUGGUGGCCACUACCCUGUCCUGUGUCAACAGCUGCGCCAACCCCAUCAUUUACUUCUUGGUUGGCUCCUUUAGGCGGCGGCAGAGGCCGAAGAGGCGAAGACGGCAGACCCUCAGGGUGGUUCUGCAGAAGGCUUUGGAGGACGUAUGGGAUGUGGAUGAAAGUGAAGGCACCCUUCCUCAGGAGACCCUGGAGGUGUCAGGAAGCAGUCUGGUGCCCUGAUUCGAGGUUUCUGCUUGGGUCAGACAGCUGUGGCUUCGAGAGCCAACUUUCUCCCUUUUGGUUUGGGAGGGUUUCUUAACUUCGCCUCCAGGCCCCUGAUCUUAAAACAGUUCAUUGGAGUUCCCGUUGUGGCUCAGCAGUUAACAAACCCAACUAGCAUCCAUGAAGACGGGGG